AUGAAACGCAUUGAAAGGGAAUGUCCAAGGACCAGAGGAUUGAGAGCGGAUGACGUCAUCCUUCUUUGUGUAUAUUCGCGAGGCAUGCCAGAAUACCAUCCUGGCCAUGGUCAUCGUGAACGAGAGAAUGAUCCGAGGAAUCGUUUCAAAUUUCUGCGACCAGAUGACCGACCUGAUAAAGUCCGUACUGAUAGACUCGCUGAACCAUCAGGAUCAACGCAAGAUACGCUGACUGUAUACAACAAUCCAUAUGCUUCGUUGAAUAUGAAGCAACAACGUGCUCGUUUGCCGAUUUAUAAGAAUCGAGACCAUGUUUUGUAUCUAUGCGAGAAGUAUCGUACGGUCAUAAUUAUUGGAGAAACGGGUUGUGGAAAGAGUACUCAGGUUCCCCAAUAUCUUUUGGAAGCAGGAUGGACUAACGAUGGACGAAUGAUAGGCGUUACGCAACCACGAAGGGUUGCAGUUGUUACGUUAGCCUCUCGUGUUGCCGAAGAAAAAGAAGCAAUUCUAGGUCAAGACGUUGGGUAUACAGUUCGAUUUGAUGACGUCACCGAUGAUAAGACAAAAAUAAAAUAUAUGACGGAUGGUAUUCUUCUGAGAGAACUAUUAACAGAUCCCUUACUUUCCAAGUACAGUGUGAUUAUGAUAGACGAAGCGCAUGAGAGAACAUGCAAUUCUGAUAUUUUGCUGGGUUUGUUACGGAAAGUGCUGAUUGUAAGACCAGAUCUGCGAAUAAUUGUGUCAUCUGCAACGCUCGAUGCAGAGUUGUUUCGGGACUUCUUUGAGUUGAAUGAAAGUGACGACCACAGUCGCGAUACAGCUUGUAUAAUGUCAGUUGAAGGACGAACACAUCCAGUUGCCAUCUACCAUACAAAAACAGCGGUGCCAAAUUACAUCAAAGCUACUGUUGAAACUGUAUUGGAAAUCCACAAGAAGGAAAUUCCUGGUGAUAUUCUUGUUUUUCUAACGGGGCAAGAAGAAGUUAUCGAGGUUUGUGAAAUGCUCUCCGAUGGUUCCGACCGCCUUCGAAAUGUCGAUAAACUGUGGAUUGUGCCGUGCUAUGGUGCGUUGCCACCAAGAGAACAGUUGAAAGCUUUUGACUCCACUCCUCAUGGCACUAGAAAAGUCGUGGUUGCAACGAAUAUAGCAGAGGCGUCUGUGACUAUUCCAGGGAUAGCAUACGUAGUAGAUUGUGGAUUUGUGAAGCUACGGGCUAUGAAUUCCGAUAAUGGCAUCGAGACCCUGAUGCGACUACCGAUCUCAAAGGCAUCAGCGGAGCAAAGAGCCGGGCGAGCUGGCAGAAUUCGUCCCGGCAAAGCGUACAGAUUAUAUCCUGAGUCGCAAUACGAAAAACUAUGCGAAGGGACGAUACCAGAAAUUCAACGGUGUCAUUUGGCACCAGUGGUUCUACAGCUGAAGGCGCUUGGGAUCCAGAAUGUCCACAAAUUCCAUUAUCUUUCGAGGCCUCCGUCAUGGUCGAUGAUUAAUGCUCUGGAGUUGUUGUAUGCACUAGGAGCGUUGGACGAAAAAUCCAUGCUCACUAAUCCACUUGGUCUUCGUAUGUCCGAGUUUCCGUUGCCCCCAAUGCACAGCAAAUGCCUUCUGACUUCAGGCGAUUUUGGUUGCAGUGAAGAAAUUGCGACAAUUAUCGCGAUGUUGCAAGUGCAAGAUGUGUUUGUGGCUCCUACAAGAAAUAGGCAUAAUGCUGAGGAAAUCAAACGGCGUUUUGCUGCCGAAGAAGGGGAUCACAUAGCACUACUGAAUGUGUAUACUAUGUUUAUGAAGAACAAUAAGAGUCGGAAGUGGUGUGGUGAUCAUUACCUCAACUAUCGAGGCUUAUGUCGCGCUGACAAUGUACGCGCUCAGCUGGUGCGGCUGCUGCGUCGCUUCGAAGUUCCUCUCGUUUCGGCAAGGGGGGAACCCGGAGCUACUACAAAGAUCCUGAGAUGCCUUGUGUCCGGCUUCUUCUCUCAGGCCGCGCGUUAUCACUACACUGGGAAAUAUGUGACCGUCAAAGAAGAAUUCCCUUUUAAUGUGUACAAAGGAUCAGUCAUUAUGUACAAAAAGGACUAUCCGAAAUGGGUGAUUUUCACGGAAGCUAUGCAGGAUUCCAUCAGAGAUGUUUCAGUAAUCGAACCACAUUGGUUAUAUGAACUAGCGCCACAUUACUACGAAUUUGGAACGGAUAGUGAGGUGGCAAGAAAACGGGCUCGAGAAAGCUGA